GUUCCUGUGUACUUUUAUCAUUGUAAAUAAAUUGUGGCACGUAGAAGUAUGCUCAGUGAUGCGUUCUAGUCACGCGCUGAAAACUAGUUAGCGAAAAGGUCGCUGCUUCAAGACUCCGGUGCCAUCUCGAGAAAAUCCUUCAGAACGGAUAACGUUCGACACUUGUGAAAUACAUGUUAACUACCAUGAAACUACUCUUUAAACUUUCAAGACUAGCGUUGUAAUCCAGAAGACUUUGGCAGCAUAUCAACCUUUUUUUUUUAGCCACAAUGUUUUCUCGAAGUUUGUAACAGUUUUUUACCGUACUAUUUGGCAUAAGCUGACGUCAGUGAAGACAAACUCAAUGUCCCCCAGAGAGCAGCAGAAGAAACAAAUACGAACUGCAGGUUGUGCCAGCUGUAGCUGGAGUCAGUUCAAAUGUCAGCUAAACCUGGCACGCGGGCACACACACACACCGCUGCACGCACGCGCACUUAGACACCUCUCUCUAUCUACCCCCUCCCUCUCCCUUCGCAUGUGUGUGUUCCACUUGCGUCCUGCUGUUGUUAUUAGUAUAUUUUUCUCACAAUUUUUUUUCGUUCUAGCCAUGGGAAUGCCUUCAAAAGAUUUCAAACACUAUAAAAUCUCGGAAAGACGCGAAAAGACGUGGCGACAGGAGUAUCGAUACUUCAAAUAACAAGCUUGCUGACCAAGGUGCACGCAGCAUGCCAUACUGACACAUCAAAACAUUGCAGCGCUACCGCGGAGCCAGACUGCGGCGGCGCGUUUCGCUACUACGAGGGACGACGCAUGCACGCACGUGCUCUCGCCGCUCGUGUAACACAUAGGACACGCGCACGCAUGCUAACAAAAAGGAAACAAAAAAAGAAAAAAAAAAGAAACCUCACUCCGACAGCAUGUCCGUCAAUCAAUUGACGUCACCGCUCGAGGUGAACUCGCUUGAGUGACGCUCGCGCGCGAACGCCAGCCAAUCGUCGUCGAGCUUGCUUUGGCCUUGCGCACCGUCCAAGAUGAUGAGAAACAGUGGCCACGAGCAGCUUGCUGAGCAAAACUCUAUGGCGUUCGCCUGCCGAACCCUGCAACGCAAGCAACGCCUCUUGUGAAGGGUACCUGGAUUAGAGCGUAAGGCGAGAGAAGAGUCGUGUAAGCCUCCGCAAAGCUCAGCCGCUUGCCUGGGAUGUAAAUACUUGUGUUGCGUUGUUGAUGAUUUUUUUAAAACAAAAAAAAGCCCCUCGUGAAUUGGCGAGCUUUUCGCCUCGUGCCUAUCAGGUCUACGAUUUACCUGUUCUAAAGUCCAGCUGAGUAAGGAACGAUUGUAUGCAGCGCAGCAGUGACCGGAGGUGUGAAGAUGUGAUUGUGAUUCGCAAUAACGGACAUGAUCUUCAAGAAAUUACGCUUAAACUAAAUUGUGUGUGUUCGUUCAUUCUGUGGUGAUAUGAAUAAUACGAAAGGAAGUUCUUAAAGAAAAUAGAGCUGACGCUGAUUGACAAAGCUAAGAUGCUAGAGCACCCUUUUACCUGGAGGAUUCAUAUUAAUGCUAGAAAAUCUGUGGAGGGCGUGUAAAGAAAUUCUGGAGUCAGCUCGCGUAAUCGCGUCGUGAAAUGAGGAGAAGUACAGAGAAGACAUGAAGAAAAUAAAUUUUGAAACAGUAAUGAGACGAAAGAGACGUGUGUUUCCUACCUGCCUAGUGACGGUCGGUCUGGUUUACCUGGUCAUCGGCAGCCAGGGAUCCCCGAUUGAAGGGACUGUGAACUCGCAUCCCGGACUCGGCGCUCCAUUCGUGGCCAUCGGCAGGUGCCGCGUUGAGUGCUUGAAAAAGUUUCCUCUGGACAGAGUGAAGGGUAAAAGCAAGCCCGACAACAAGAACAUGCAGCGAGAGAGAGACGAGUGCUGGAAAUUUUGCGAAAACAUCUUCAGAAGCUUCGACGUGUUUAGUCCCAUCUGCAACGGGCGAGAUGUGUGUCAAGAGGGCUGCCAGACGGCGUGUGAAUUCCGGACAAGCAAUCAUAGAGCACCCAACAUCACAGUCACCUGGAAGUUUGUAGAGAAGGUGCGCACCGACACGGACUUCCUACAGAUCGACAUGAAGUGGGAGCCACCUGUUCCCAGCGUGCAGGUGAUGGAGCCGCAUCCCAUCGUCUAUACACUGCUCAUGCGAGAGAACAAUGACGACUGGGAGCUCAUAGACCAGACCCCAAAGACAAAAUAUGCCAUGUACACCCAGAAAGUUCCAUACGUUCCUGAGUUUUUGAUCCAGGCCAUUGAUGAGACUGGUGUGGUGGCCGAAAGUAUAUUCCACGUGACUAAGAUGAUUUUUGCAGAUGAGAUCAUGCUGCCGGACACAAAGAGUUCGUUAAGAGCGAGCAGCAACGUGGUCCUCCUCAACUACACGAUGGAGAGGAGCCCGGAUGUCAACAGCGGGCUGACGGUCAAGCUGACCUGGGAUCACCCCAAAGACCUGGAGUCUACAAACAAGGAGACACUGUACUACAAAGUCACCUAUAUCCUUAAGAAGUGUGGCGUUUACGAGGAAAUGCCCGGAUGUCCCCAUCCCUCCGACCAGUACACGUCCACGGUACCCGUGCUCGUUUCGGAAAAGCCCCAGUAUACAAUUCGCAAUUUGUUAUACAACACGGAGUAUGUUGUUCUGAUCGUGUUGAACUCGAGGGACCUGGCCGUGACCUCUGUGUGGACUACUCCGUGCCGGGAACCAAGCAAAAAUUUUCAAAGAAUGCUACGACGAAACCGAAAGGUCUUCAAUGGAAACACCAGACCUUGCACCUGAGGAGCCAGACGAGUCCCUGUCGGAACUGAUCCGCAACGUCACAGUGACGCUCCUGCCGCAGAGAAACCGACCCAACACAGUUCUCGUCAACAUCUCGUGGACUUUUCUCUCAGACCCUCAAAAGUCAACUUUAGCAUCGCC